ACAAAUUCACAUAUCAAGUGGAAAGGUGGUCAACCACCGGCGGACGCUAGCCGCAUCACAGCUGUACCGCUGGUCGUCACCUACGAGCUGUUCAUCGGGAUGUCCCUCAUCGCUAGCCUCGGCAUUGUCACCGUGCUGCUGCUGCUCGUUUACAAUUACGCGUAUAGACGCGAGAGGAUUGUUAAGAUGUCAUCACCACAAAUGAACAACGUCAUCCUCACAGGGUGUGUGCUUGUCUAUUCGACAAUCUUCGUGGACUAUACACAGGGAGUACACCAAACCUCGAAAUGCCAAAUUCGUAGCUAUAUGCUCGCUAUCGGUCUAUCUAUGACAUUCGGAGGUCUGUUCUUCAAGACGUGGCGUGUGUACUACAUCUUUCUCAACAAACAGAUGAAGAGUCGGAUCAUUAAAGACUGGGCACUGAUGAUCAUGGUUGUCAUUUUGGUGGUGUUGAAUGUCAUCAUACUGUCCACGUGGGUAGUGUUUGACCCUUUGUACAUCCACGUGUACAACCUUACACAAGAGGCGUCAACAAUAGAAUGGGACAUCAUACUGCAGUACCAGAUGUUCGUCUGUGAAUCAAACCACCAGGCGGCGUUUAUCGGCUCUCUGUACGUCAUCCAUGGCCUUGUGUUGGUCUUUGGUGCCUUCCUAGCAUGGGAAACCAAAAAGGUGAAAUUCAAGGAAUUCAACGACUCACAGAUGAUCGGGGCAUGCAUCUACAACGCCGCUAUAAUCGCUCUUGUCUGUGUCGCCAUGAACUAUACUAUAGAUACCAAACCUUCAGCGCUAUAUGGCGUCACUUCCGGGUUUCUCGUGUUUGGUACUCUUAUGACGGAAGGGAUCAUAUUCAUGCCUAAGAUAUAUCAACACCUAAAUUCAGUUGCUCCUACUCGGUCGGAGGCAGCUACCAGCAAUUCCGCACUGAGUACUGAUCGUCACAAAGCCUCUGCCCUUUUCUCGAGCAGGAUAAACAACCACAUCGCUGUCGCAAAGGAGGCGAUGGAGGUGACGAUGAGAAAAUCUUAUUAGUCCAAUAUCUAAUCCGAUAUGCUCGUCCACGAGGCAUGGGUAGAUAGUUACACUGGGUUAAAUUCUGAGGCUUCGGUGAAUAUAAUUAUAAUAUUGGCGAGAGCUAAUAAUACAUGUGGUGAUAGUACAUCUAAGUGUUACUAUUCAGGAUCGAUAAUGUCACUGGUAUGUAGAUGUGUCUGUGCCAAGCAUGUGUUCUACUAUAAGAACAUAGCAAUACAAAAAAUUAUAGGAUGUCUUGUAUAAUUGUAGGCGAGCGAGGUGAUUCGGAUACUUGUUGCUGCUACUGAAAGACUGCGGGUUCAAGCCCCUACAAAUACAAGGCAUGGCGGAGAGAUAGACCUGGGUACGGUGGGUUGACCAUUCUAAUG